UUUAGACAGUGACACCCAUAAAUCUCAAUUCUUUUUCCCCAUCUCCAUAAUAAAUAUUACUGAUUUUUAAGCAAUAAAUCACUGUAAAACUAGUGAUUUUCUUGUCGAAUUUUAAAUUGUUGAACGCAUCUGGAUGUUCAUUAUGUAGUAUAUAUAUUGCUUUCUUAUUCACCUUUCUCUAGCCUUUCCUCUUCCACAACUCUCCUUUUCCUUCUUCAUAUUCUUUCCUUCACCAUAAUGCUUCAUCAAUAACAUUCAUCACAUAUAGAAUAUAUUGACCAUAUAUAUCUACUCAACAACUAGAAAAAAAGAAAAACAAACCCAAAAACCCAGAUAAAAAUGGGCCAUUUUGGGUUUGAUUUUUCUCGAAUCCAACAAAUUACAGCAGUUUGUUUUCUCACGAUUCUUGGAUUUUCAUCAAUCGGAUGUCUCGGAAUACGUAAUUUUCCCGAACAAGAGAAAGGGUUUAUUGAAGCGCCGGAGUACAGAAACGGCGUCGGAUGUCCGGCGCCGGCGGGAGGACACGUGUCAUCAUCUUGUGAUCCUUCAUUGGUUCACAUAGCGAUGACACUUGAUUCCGAAUAUCUCCGAGGAUCAAUGGCGGCCGUUCAUUCAGUUCUCCGACACUCAUCUUGUCCUGAACACAUAUUCUUCCAUUUUAUUGCAGGUGAAUUUGACCCGUGGAGUCCACGGGUUUUAACUCACCUGGUUAGAUCCAUAUUCCCAUCACUCAAUUUCAAGGUAUACAUUUUUCGAGAAGACAUUGUAAUAAAUCUCAUCUCAUCCUCGAUCCGCCAUGCAUUGGAAAACCCGUUAAAUUACGCCCGGAAUUACCUGGGUGAUAUGCUUGACCCGUGCGUAACACUGGUCAUUUAUCUAGAUUCCGAUAUUGUACUUGUAGACGAUAUCGGAAAACUAUGGAGUGUACCUCUUACCAUGUCACGGGUAAUAGGUGCACCUGAAUAUUGUCAUGCAAAUUUCACGAAAUACUUUACUAAUUCUUUCUGGUCCGACCCGGAGUUGCCCCGGGUAUUCAAGUCGAGGAAUAAAAGCCCGUGUUAUUUUAACACGGGGGUAAUGGUGAUGGACUUGAAGAAAUGGAGAGAAGGGAAUUAUAGAAAGAAAAUAGAAAGUUGGAUGGAGUUGCAAAGGCAAAAAAGGAUUUAUGAGUUGGGCUCAUUGCCACCAUUUUUGCUUGUAUUUGGUGGGCUUAUUGAGCCUAUUAAUCAUAGAUGGAAUCAACAUGGGCUUGGUGGUGAUAAUGUAAUGGGUUCAUGUAGGUCAUUACAUCCAGGUCCAGUAAGUUUGUUACAUUGGUCUGGUAAAGGAAAACCAUGGGUCAGACUUGAUGAAAAAAGGCCAUGUCCAUUGGAUCAUCUAUGGGAGCCAUAUGAUUUGUAUAAGCACAAUUAUCAAAGGAGCAAAAUGAGAGGUCAACAUAAUCAUAAUUUGGGUUUUUCUAGUAGUACCAAUUUAUUUGGUUACUCUAAUUAUUUCAUUUGAUGAUCAUUCUUUUUUCCUUUUUUUUUUUUUUUUUUUUUUGGGUCAAGGUUGAUUUAAGUGAUUCUUUGAUAGCCUUGUACAGAUUGAUUAGUUGGAAAAAAAAGGAGAGGAAAUUUAAUUGGGAUUAUUGAUUAAUGCGUGUUGUUGUUUAGGGGAUUAAAGAUGAGUACACGAUUUUUUUUGCUGGUUU